GCUCCAUCGACCAGCCCGUGACGCCGCAGCUCCUUGCCAACGCACGUCGUCGCACUGGCAGAAUUGGGCGCUGUGUUGUGGGCGAGUAGCAUGCAGCCCGACUGACAGCCUGCCACACCUCAGAUGAAAUCACACACCAACGCCGCGAGCGAGACGCCUGCCGACAGCGACCCACGAUCAAGUCCGCCCAUCAACGACCGCAAACGAAAGCGACUCAGUCGGCCAGCAGAGGAGGAAGGAGCCAGACAGCACACCAUCAGUGCUCUUUUCUCCGCUAACCACAAACCGCACUCGACGUCGUGCACGAGCAAGCGGCAGAAGAACGACCUUGACCGCGCGGUCCCGCCACCAUCAACUCCCACACCCUCCCUCGCUCCUGCCGACAUGUACUCCUUCAGCUCUCGCUCGCCACAGGCCAAUGGCAAUGGAGUCGUGGAUCUCACCAAUGCCUCAUCGCCCGUCUCAUCGCAGGCACGACGCAUGUCUACCAAACCCGCCAUGAACCCGCAUAUCGGUGCCAAAAAGCUGGUUGUCAAGAACCUGAAGACCAACUCGAACUGGGAUAGCAAAGCAUAUCUGGAGAAGAUCUGGGGGCAGCUCGAUGAGGCACUGGCCCUCAUAUUCAAGGAUGGCAAUGCAGCUUUCAGUAAGGAGGACCUGUACCGAGGCGUGGAGAAUGUGUGCCGACAGGGAGGGGCUUCGACACUGUUCUCAAGAUUGGACAAGCGAUGCACAGAGCACAUCCAACGUGACGUUCGCGACAAGUUGUUGGAGAGGUCGAGCGAGGAUAACGUCUCCGUACUGAAGGCGGUCUUAUCGGAAUGGACACGCUGGACGCAACAAAUGACGACGAUUCGUGCCAUAUUUUUCUUUUUGGAUCGAUCGUAUCUGCUAUCAUCUAGCAAGCCCACCCUUGACUCGUAUACUUCACAGCUCUUUCGCCAGAAUGUAUUCAGGAGCGAGGGACUUAAAGAUAAGAUCAUCGAUGGAGCCUGUGACAUCGUUACGGCGGAUCGAACGCGAGCACAGAAGCUGGACCAGGGACUCUUCAGGCAAGCGAUAGACAUGUUACAUGCGCUACAAACGUAUACCACCACAUUCGAGCCUAGGUUUCUCGCGGUCAGUCAACGGUAUGUAGACGAAUGGUCGAACAAGGCAAUGUCAGAGCACAGCGUUCCGGACUAUGUGGCACUGUCGGAUGAGCUUAUUGCUGCUGAGAUGCAAAGAUGUGAAGAAUUCGAUCUCGACAACAGCACCAGAAGAGACCUCCUCAGCUUGCUCGAGGAUCAUCUCGUGGAGAGCAAAGAAGCCGACCUGGUGGACUAUGAGGCGCUUGCUUCGUUACUGGACAAGAACGCGACCUCACAACUGGCAGCGUUAUAUACACUCUUGGCACGAAGACGGCUAGGCCAGAAAUUGCGUCCAUCGUUUGAGAAGUGGGUCGAUCAGGCCGGGACAAGCAUCGUCUUUGGUAAGGAAGAUGACAUGGUAAUCAACCUCUUGUCUCUCAAGCGAAGUUUGGAUCACUUAUGGAAGACAUCGUUCCAAAGAGACGAAGGCCUGGGCCAUGGUUUGCGCGAAAGCUUUGAGGCGUUCAUGAACAAGACCAAAAAGGGCGACGCGACAUGGGGCACAGAUAACACCAAGGUUGGCGAAAUGAUUGCCAAGUAUGUCGACCAACUGUUGCGUGGCGGCGCCAAAGCAAUACCAGAGGUACUUACGGCGAGGCGAUCGUCAAGUAUUACUGCACCGGCCCCCCAGCUCAAUGCCGCGCCUGAGGAGGACAACGAGGACCCGGAACUCGAUGAAGACGCCGAGAUCAACAUACAGCUCGACCAAGUCCUUGAUCUCUUCCGUUUCGUGCACGGUAAAGCGGUCUUUGAGGCCUUCUACAAAAAAGAUCUUGCCCGUCGAUUACUGAUGGGACGAAGUGCUUCGGCAGAUGCAGAGCGUAGCAUGCUCACGCGACUCAAAACCGAAUGUGGAAGCGGCUUCACUCAGAACUUAGAACAGAUGUUCAAAGAUGUUGAGUUGGCCCGCGAGGAGAUGCAAUCGUACAAGCAGCGCCUAGAAGAUCGCUUGGGAUACGAGAAGGGGAAAGCAGUUGAUCUGAAUGUGAAUAUCUUGUCUGCUGCGGCAUGGCCCACGUACAAGGAUAUUCCAGUGCGCAUACCUACGAACAUACAGAAGGCGAUCGAUGACUUCGAGCUGCACUACAAGAGCAAACACACUGGGCGAAAGCUUGACUGGAAACACGCUCUCGCGCACUGUCAAAUGAAGGCGACGUUUGGCAAAGGAAGCAAAGAGCUCGUGGUAUCGAGCUUCCAAGCCAUUGUACUUCUUCUGUUCAAUGGAGUGGCAGAGGGUGAGAAGCUCAGCUAUGCACACAUCCUGUCUGAGACAGGACUUCCUGAGGCCGAAGUCAAACGAACGCUGCAAUCGCUCGCAUGCGCUAAGCUUCGACCGCUCACCAAGCAUCCCAAAGGAAAGGAGAUCGACGAGGCAGACACAUUCUCCAUCAACACGAGCUUCGAGCAUCCUAAAUAUCGAGUCAAGAUCAACCAAGUGCAACUCAAGGAAACGAAGCAGGAGAACAAGGAGACACACGAGCGAGUUGCGGAAGAUCGUAACUUUGAGUGUCAGGCGGCGAUUGUUCGAAUAUUGAAGAGUCGCAAGACGAUCAGUCACCAAGAGUUGGUAUCCGAAGUCAUCAAAGCAACGAUGAGUAGAGGCGUACUUGCAGUAGCGGACAUCAAGAAGAACAUCGAUCGGCUGAUCGAGAAGGACUACAUGGAGCGUGAAGAGGGCAAUAUGUACUCGUAUAUAGCAUAGACGAGAUGGUCGUGGCCACUGGAUAUGCAGCCCAGGCCCAACAAUAGAAGACACGAUCAGACGACAACAGUCUACCAGCA